AUGGACAACAUCAGCCUCACCGUGGACUCGCUGUUCCAGCAGUUGGGCCCCUUGGAGACGGGCAAGUUCAGCUCACUGCGGGUGGCCCUGCUGUUCAAGCCCGGUACUUACAACGUGGAUGUGCCGGUGGGAUUCUACACCCAGGUGCUGGGUCUCGGAGAGAGCCCGGAAGACGUGACCUUUACCGGCAGCCAUGGAGUCUACGGACCCAGCGAGGCAGACAACAACAACUUCAACACUUUCUGGAAGGCAGCAGAGAACCUGGCGAACCGUCCGGCUCUAAAGCGGAUGGCAUGGUCCGUGUCACAGGCCGCGCCCUUGAGGAGGGUGAAGGUGCACGGAGACCUCGCCUUCGGGACGCUGGGCCAAGACGGGCCGUCCAAGGGCAGCGGCGGCUUCAUCGCCAACUCGGAGGUCACGGGCACGCUGGAUUUGGUUCGGCAGCAGCAGUGGCUCAUUCGCAGCUGCAAGGUGCAGAACACCAGCUAUUUUAACAACCCGCCGCGGGCUGUCAACUUUGUGUACGUGGGCACGCAAGGGGCGCCCGAGGAGACAAGCUGCACGAACUCGCUGGAGAGUCCUCUGUCUCCUCAUCCACAGAAUCUGGUAGUGGAAGCAGCGCCGGUGGUGCUGGAGAAGCCUUACAUCACUGUGGAUCCAAGUGGUAAGUACAGCCUGGCAAUCCCGCGGACAGCCCGGGGGCGGAAGGGACCAGCGUGGCACGAGGCAGACUUCGUAGGCUUCGAGGAGGUCUUCGUGGCCACCGACACCAUGAAUGCUUCUGUGAUCAACGCGAAGCUCGCCGCGGGCCGCCACGUGGUGCUGACCCCUGGGAUCUACCGACUUCCUGAACCACUGAGGAUUGGCUUCAACGCCACGGUCUCGACUCAAGUGCUUCUUGGGCUUGGAAUGGCGACUUUGGUGCCGACCGCCGGCAACGCGGCGGUGGAGGUGGGGCCCUCCUCUGGCGGCGUCCGUGUCGCAGGCCUGCUGCUCCAGGCGGGCACAGUCCCUUCACGGGUCCUGCUCGACUGGGCGCCCAACUCCUGUGACGAAGAGAACCCUGGGCUGCUGUCCGAUGUCUUCGCGAGGGUCGGAGGUCCCGAUACCGAGGUGGUGUCCGCAGAUGUCAUGAUCCAAGUCGACGGCAACCAUGUAAUCAUGGACAAUGUGUGGGCUUGGAGGGCUGACUGUUGCCAGAACGGCUGCGGCACCUGUGUAGAAAGAUACUGCAACCACGGCGUAGUCGUGAACGGAGGCCAUGUGGUCUCAUACGGACUCUUCUCUGAACAUUGCCAAAAGGAUUUGGCGGUCUGGAAUGGGGAGCAAGGCAUGUCCUUCUUUUAUCAGAGUGAGAUGGACUCCUACGCCCGCCAAGCAUGGGAUCACACGCCAGAUUACGGAGAGAACGGCGUGGCCGGCUACCGAAUCAAUGCUCGUAGCCACAUAGGCGUGGGCCUCGGCGUCUACGCCUACUUCGUGGAACCCGGAAAUGUUGUAAAGGCGGGCAUCGUGCUGGGGCCUGAGGCAGACAGCAAGUUGACGUGUCCGUUCGCUUGGAACCUGAAUCCUGCCUGGUACAACAACUCGCAGUCUGAAAUUCAGCGCGCAGUGCGACAAGAGCACGCGCAAGUUGCAUUGUUUUGA